AUUUCACCCCGAUUUUUUUUUCUGUUUUCCCCUUCUAUUUUCCUUUAAUUUAUCUUGCUUUUUUUUCCCAUUUUUCCCCAAUUUUCCAGCUUUCAUGUCACACUCCCAGUAUGAUCCCAGUAACUCCCAGUAUGAUCCCAGUAACUCCCAGUCUAAUCCCAGUCACUCCCAGUCUAAUCCCAGUCACUCCCAGUCUAAUCCCAGUCACUCCCAGUAUGAGGCCAGUGGCCCCCAGUUGCUCCCUGUCAGUUCCAGUAUGACCCCAGUAGCCUCCAGUGUGAUCCUUGGGACUCUCUGUCUCUCCCAGUGUAUCCCAGUCAGCUCCAGCAUGCUCCCAGUCUUUCCCAGCUCCUCCCAGUUGCUUUCAGCAUGAUUCCAGUUGCUCACAGCCACUCCCAGUCAAUCCCAAUACGAUUCCAGUCACCCUCAGUGGGAUCCCAGUCUCAGCCAGCAUGGACCCAUCUGCUCCCACUGUGAUCCCAGUAUGAUCCCAGUUGAGUAUGAUCCCAGAAUAGUUGCAAUUUUUCCCAGUUCCUACCAGUAUGAUCCCAGUUGUCCCUAGAAUAGUGCCAGUCCAUCUCAGCAUGGUCCCACUCACUCCCAGUUUCUCCUGCUGUGGUUCCAGCUGUUCCCAGUGUGGUCACAGACACUCCCAGUGUAUCCCAGUUGCCCCAGCAAGGUUCUGGUUACCUCAGAAUGAUCCCAUUCUUUCCCAGUUAAUUCCAGUUUCUCCCACUAUGAUCCCAGUUGUGUUCUCAGUCCCCUCAGCAUGGUUCCAGUACCUUCCAGCCUGAUCCCAGUUGCUCCCAGCCGCUCCCAGUCACCCUGAGUGCAGUCCCACUUGCUGCCAGUAUGGUCCCAGUCUUGCCCAGCAUGGCCCAGCUGCUCCCACUGUGAUCCCAGUAGGAUUCUAGUUGCCCUCGGGAUGGUUCCAGUUGUUCCCUGUUCCUCCCAGUGUGAUCCCAGUAGGAUUCUAGUUGCCCUCGAGAUGGUUCCAGUUGUUCCCUGUUCCUCCCAGUGUGAUCCCAGUUGCACCCAGUUGCCCCCAGUAAAGUCCCAGUCCCUCUACAGAUGAUCCCAGCCCCUCCCAGCAUGGUCCCAGUCAUGCCCAGUUGCUCCCAGUGUAGACCCAGUCACUCUCACUCACUCCCAGUUGUCCCCGUUGUUCCCAGUGUGAUUUCAGUCCACCCAGUAUGGUCACAGAUGCUCCCAAUAUAUCCCAGCUACCAUCAGCAUGCUUGUGCUCAUUCCCAAUGAUUCCCACUUACCCCAGUAAGGUUCCAGUUACCCCAGUACAAACCAGUCCCUGCCAGUGCUGCCACUCCUGGGAUCCCCCAGCCCUCUCUGCGUUCCCCCCUCUGGAUCUCUCCAGAGGAGCCCCAAGGGCUGGCAGUCCCCAGCCAGGGUCCCCAGCCAGCCCCAGGUUGGAUCUGCAGCCCCCAAUUUUCCCAGUUUUCCUCUCCUCUUCCCAGGACCAGGUUCCCCCUGUCCCCAGUGGGUGGGAGCAGUGGAGAGCCCCGCGUUGCCCAUCCCUGCUGCGGUGGUGUCGAUGACAGGGGUGCCAUGACUACCCUGAAGAAGCCAUCCUGAAAAGGACUGCCCAGGGGCACAGGCAACUGUCCUGGCGACUGAUCUCAGCUCAGCGGCAGCGUGCAGGCGACGCAGAGAGGGAGACUAGAGAGCUGUAUGGCAUUCCACUGAGAAACAGCCUUUAUUAUAGCAGGGCCCUCAGUGAAGGGAGCCAGUGACAGCAGCUCCUCAAACAGGGGAAAAACCAGGGAUUUCCCAUGCCGAAACCUCGACUAAACGGAGAAGGAGGCUGUGAGGAAGAAGAAGAUGCCCCACGAUACCCAGGCAGACAAGGAGCUGAGGAUGGAGACCAGGGAGGACAAAGCCUCACGUCAGAAACUCGUGGAAGAGGCCAGUUUGAGCAGCUCCACAGCGCAGAAAUCCAACAGGGAAGAAAAGCUUCAGAGAUCCCGCAGGAAGAGGGGCUCCAAACCCAUUCCGGGGUGCUCUGAGGAGGAAAGACCCACCCUGUGCCGGGAAGGCGGACAGAGAUCCAGCCGGGGCACUGAGCUGGUGGUCCAUGAGCAGCUUCAGGAUGGGGAGAAGCCCUACAAGUGCUUGGAGUGUGGGAAGUGCUUCAGCCGGAGCUCAUUCCUGAUCCGCCACCAGAUGAUCCACACUGGGGAAUGGGCCUACGAGUGUGGGGAAUGUGGCAAGGGCUUCUACUGCAACUCCAAACUCAUCACCCACCAGCGCAUCCACACAGGGGAGAGGCCCUACGAGUGUUCUGAGUGUGGGAAGAGGUUUCACAGCAGCUCCACUCUCCUCGUGCACCAGCCGCUUCACACGGAUGAGAGGCCCUUCCGCUGCCCCGACUGUGGGGAGGGCUUCAAGCACAACUCCACCCUUGUCACCCACCGACGCAUCCACACUGGGGAGAGGCCCUAUGAGUGUGGGGAAUGUGGGAAGAGCUUCAGUCAGAGCUCCAGCCUCAAUACCCAUAAACGCAUCCACACUGGGGAGAGGCCCUAUGAGUGUCCUCAGUGUGGGAAGAGGUUUCAGAGCAGCUCCAAUCUCCUUGUCCAUCAGCGGAUUCACACGGAUGAGAGGCCCUUCCACUGCCCUGACUGCAGGAAGGGCUUCAAUCAAAAGUCCAACCUCAUCAUCCACCAGCGCAUCCACACUGGGGAGAGGCCCUGCAAGUGUCCCCAGUGUGGGAAGAGCUUCUCCAGGAGCUCUGACUUGACCAAACACCAACGGAGGCACCGGUAAGGGAAGCCCUGCGAGUGCCUCAAGUGUAGGAAGAGCUUCAUGCACUGCUCCAGCUCCAUCCCCCAUAAGAGGACUCACGUUGGGCAGAGCCCUGAUGACCCACGUUCCCAGUGAUCUGUGUUGGGAACACACUGGGCUGCUGGUCAUUCUGGUUUGGUUCUAUCUUUUGAUUCAUCAGCAUUCCUGUAAAACAGACAAAAUUGGGGCAAAAUCUGUGAAUUCAUCAAAGGCAUCUAAAGCCUCACUUUUCACUAGUGCUUUAAAGGAAUUUGGCAUUCAAGGAGAUACUUGGGAAUAUUUGGGGAUUUGGGGGGUAUUUGGUGGAGUUGUGUCCAUUUCUUGGCACUCAAAGAGCCUAGAGGCUUUGAUCUGACUGGUUUGCUGGGUUAUACAAUGGGGCAUUCAAUACAAUGAACUUGGGACAGUGCCAAUUAGAAGCUACUUUACUCAACUUUUAAGUGAUAAGCCAUCCAUUAUGUUUCUGGGGACCCCCUUCUUUAUCUCUUGUGACCAGCAAUACUGGCGGUUAGAGAUUUGUUUUCUCUUUUCUGGGUUUUCCUUAAGAGAACCAAUGUAUCUAACACCUUUUGCUUUCUCUGAUUUUUCUUCUGGGAUUUUUACAGGUCCAUAAUUGCUACUGUAAUUAAUUAGCUCUUUUGCAACUUUUCUCUGUGUCCAAAUUUUAUGGUUGCUAGCAGGAGAACACAAUUGUGAACCUGUCGGCUGAGGAGGGGUGGUGAAGGGAGUAAACCCAGGAUCAGUGGAACCAGGUAGAUCAGUCGGGUUCCCAAGAAAUGUAUCUAGUCUAUCCACAAGCGUUACAGCUGCUGUGGGGUUUUUUUGGGUUUGUUUUUUUUUUUUGAGGAAAAUUGCUGUAGGUUUAAGUGAUGCUGGCAGGCCUUGAAUUAAAGGGGUCAUAAUUUCAGGCUUCACAGGUAACUGCAUUAGCAAUUCACAGCCAGCAGUUAAUUUUCUGUCAUGUAUCAUUUGCAAGCAGGCAGCUUUGUGAAUGUUUUCAGUAGUUGGUUUGGGGUACUCACUAUAGCUAUAGGGUCCCCCCUUUCCAAUGGGUUAAACCCCCCUGCACAAUAAGCUGUGUGCUGAGUUAGGGACCAUGGGUUACGUCUGUCUCCUGUUGUAAAGAAGACUCCAUGUCCCCAGUACCCACUGACUUCCUGUUCUCUCAAUCCAAUUCGAUCACCUCCAGUGAGAGACACUCGGAAUACGUAUUCUGUCUCUGAUUUGUGCACGUACUCCGUUUUUAACUUAGCCAAUUCAGUAGCAGUGUACGGGGGUUUUUUUAGUGGUUAUAUGUGGAUCAUCUUCAUCAUUGAUAUAAUUAUGUUCUGUUUUAAUUAUAGGUUUCAAACUAGGACACCAGUGUUCCCCACAAUUUUAUCUGAGUUAGCUUCUUUUGAGGGUAAAUUUGAUUAAUGAGAAGGGUUUCCCUCUUUUCUGUUUCUUUUAGCAAGUCAGCAUUUUUGAAUUUUUAUCAUGAAGGGCUGCUCGCAACAGAUUGAUCUUACUCUUUUCUUCAUCCAAUUGUUUUUGCAAAAUUUUAACUAGGUUUUGGAGGGAGUUUAUUAUCGUUUUUUCCUCACUUCUUCACUUACACUGACUUUCUAUAGCUGCUGUAAGACAAGCUCCCAAAACUGAGCAGAGUAUAGUUUUAUUUUUACCCAGUUUAAAUUUUGUUUCAUGUUGCAAAAAAAAAACCAUACUCUAUCAAUCACAUUUUCCAAAUUAAACCGACAAUUAAGCACCCAUUCUUCCCCUCCUGGAGAAAGUCUGGCAUUCUGUUUUGCUAACAGAGCAUAAAAUGCAGCAUUAACUUCUGUACUGCCGUUUUCAGUCAUUUUUACAAAGGGAAAACCACUACAGGGAGGUAUCAAAUUAUACACACACACACAACUUUUUGCUUCCCUGUAUGGGUAAAAAGACUAAAUCUGCUUGGGAGACACUCCUUCAGUUUAAAAUUCUGGUUGUCUCUUUGCUACACCAAGCAGUCAAAAUGUAUUCACACAACAACAAAAACAGUCCCACCCUUUUGCACUAAGAGAUCUUUUGUGAAAUUCUGCAGACAGAGCCCUCAAGUGAGUGUGGGGUACUUUUCACCUCGGUGUGUGCAGUUUGUGGGAAAUUCGAGUCGCCCCCCCUUGCUUUCUAGACACCGCUCACUCUUUUGGGAGUGUCGGGCUGGGUGUGGCUGGAGCAAGACAUCCUUCCCCUAAUACAGACUGCACGACAAACCUGCAGCCCCUUCUGUCUGUCAGAAAUCCUGUCCAUGACUCCAGUUUAGAUGUCACGAUUUGCUAAUGUGAGUGGGAACUCUGAGAGGUUUGUUUGAUCUCUGAGUGCAAAAAGGACACGAAGGGAAUUCAGUUUAAAUCACAACAGCAAUAAUGCACCUUUAUUUUAUUACCAACAACAAGGGUUAUGCGAUAGAGGAGAGGGAGAGAGAGAGAAAGAUGUAGGAGACGCUUCCUGGGGACGGUCAGAGACACGACAAAGACCUCUAUAAUCGAGUUAGGUGUUAGAAAUUUAUUUCAGGGCGUGGGAUAGAGAGAGAGAGAGAGAGAGAGAGAGAGAGUUUGCUAUGAGCCAA